AUGUCGAAGUUUCUUCCUUUCGCUUUGCUCCUCACUGGUGCUUUUGCUGGGCCCUAUUAUGGGAACGGCACGACAAACGCUAACCAAACAUCUACGAGAUGUUUUCCAGACAGAGGACUAGUCGAAGCGGACGGAUAUACCGCAAAAGCUCAGCUGCUCGACUAUCUUGAGCAACACCGUGCCGUCCAGCUUGAUGGCAAGGGCUGCCUCUAUAAGAAAGUCGAAUCAACCAUCCUGUGGAUGUGCAACCAGCAAACCUACGACCGAAACAUUACUCUUCAGGAAGCGCAGACCGGCUGGACCGCGCUCGUCGAUACCUGCGCUGGAGGCGGGUCCUUCGCGGGCGAGCAUCGCGCGAACGGCAUCAAGUAUGCCGCUUACGGCACCAAAGCUGGAGUGAACAUCAGGCCGCAUCCGAAUCGAAAUGACACUAUGAGUCCGAAUCGCCGCUGGCGUCUGAGUAGCAGAGCAGAUUGCAACGAUGUGGGCACGACGGGCAUCUCGCACUUCGAUUGCCCGAAGCCAGAGGGCCAUGUUUCUGAUGCCGAUGGAAACUGUCCUGGUUUCGAUGACACGGAUAAUAAGUGUAAAUCGUACUGCGAGAUUCGACGGACGGGUUUCCUUGGCCCCGAGGAGAUUGUGCCUGGAGAGGCCGGCGAGAUUGCAGCAAAGGGGAAGCAAGUCAACGUUGAGAAGGGAAAAGAGAUCUCCAUCACGCACGGCUUCUCCGUGGGGCUUAGCGCAGAGAUCCGGCAGGUCGUGAGCCUGGGUGUGAGCUAUGAGUUCUCCAUCACCGAAUCAACAUCCACAACCAUCGUCCACACCGGCGUCGAAGACCCACCCGAACGCGCCCGCUGGGUCUACUUCGCGCGCUUCAUCGAGACCUGUGGCGAUCUAUCCGAGAAAGAGUACUCCGAGUAUUCACUCGGAGACCCGUUUUCGCCGCCUGUUAAGGAAUGCGUCGGUGAUCUUAAGACCACACACAACUUUUGCACCAUGAGCCCACAAAUCGGGAGCGAUGGGAAGCCGAUUCUAUUUUUGGCCCAGCAGUUUGUCGAUUCUUCCGGCAAUCCGCUGCCCAUGGAGCAGCAGCCGACGAGUUAUAGAGACGCGUGCGUGAAUCGAGAUGGCGCGUCCGUAGAUGAUCCCGAUGGCGAUGGCGAGUUUGAGUGCGCGACUAGCCUCUAA